AUGGACCUCUUCCUAGUACCCAACAACGUUGAAAACGCCGUAUUCGUCUCAUCUUCCGGGGAUCCAUGCUACGAGAUCAUCACAUCCAAGAGGUCGCGGGGCGAAGGUGACCUAAUGACAUCCGAGCUUCAGCGCAUCAUAGCUGCAGGCGACCCAGAGCAUGAUGACGGUGACGAGGACGAGGAGGAAGAGCGUUUCAUGGUUGUAGCCGAGGUUGACUGGAAGUCAUGGUCCAGUCCCACGAUCGUUCGAAGUCCUAUUAUGCGAGCUGGCGGAAAGACAAGAAGCCGUGAUGAGAGUGGUAGUAUGAAGGCAGCGGAAUUUCUCUUCAAGCAGAAGCGUUUCAGCAGGAGCCGCUGUUUUCGGGAUGGGGGAGAAACAUAUUGCUGGAAGCAUGUAGCAAAUGGCUUCCUACUCCUACACAAACUCACCAAGACCGAGAUCGCACGCUGUACCGUUGCUCUUGUUACGCAUGGGGUCUUCGCGGGAGAGAAGAAGUUGCGGCUGACAAUCCACGCUAGCGUGUACAAAGUGAAUGUGGACAUGAUUGUUCUGUCGUUCAUCAUCUUGGAAAAGAAGAGACGUGAUGCAGGAGGAGAUGGGACGAGGCUUGCUGCACACGACGAAGAUCCUCAAGGGGAUGGAUGCGCGGAAGGUGGCGAGUAG